CGAAAGCGGUGGUAAACAUGGCGUCGGAAGGGAUGAUUUUAACCAACCACGACCACCAAAUACGAGUUGGAAUUCUAACGGUGAGUGACAGCUGCUUCAGGAACCUGGCUGAGGACCGCAGUGGAGUAAACCUCAAAGAUCUGGUCCACGACCCAUCACUGCUUGGAGGCGUCAUAUCUUCCUACAAAAUAGUCCCAGAUGAGAUUGAUGAGAUUAAGGAGACAUUGGUGGACUGGUGUGAUGAGAAGGAGCUGAACCUGAUUCUGACCACCGGAGGAACAGGGUUCGCCCCCCGUGAUGUCACGCCCGAGGUACAUGGGGACCCCAAAGUUUGUGUUUGUGUCCAUGCCACCAAAGAGGUGAUAGAGCGCGAGGCUCCAGGGAUGGCCCUGGCUAUGCUGAUGGGCUCCCUUCAGGUCACACCUCUGGGCAUGCUCUCCAGGCCUGUCUGUGGAAUCAGAGGCAAAACCCUCAUCAUCAACCUACCUGGCAGCAAGAAGGGCUCACAGGAGUGUUUCCAGUUCAUCCUUCCAGCUCUGCCCCACGCCAUUGACCUGCUGAGGGAUGCGGUUGUGAAGGUGAAGGACGUCCAUGAGGCUCUGGAGGACCUACCCUCACCCCCACCGCCCCUCUCCCCACCCCUCACCCUCAACAGCAUUGCCUGCACCCAGACAGAGGACAAGGGUGUGCAGUGUGAGGAUGAUGAUGAUGAUGAUGAUGAGGAUGAUGAGAAGAUGAAGGACAGAUGCUUGGUGUCCACCGAGGACCACCACGCCCACCACCACCACCACACCCACUCCCACUCCCACGGACACAACUCACACAUCACCGCCGCCGCCAUCGCUGCCAAGAAGGGGAAGCCCCAGCACCAUAACCAUGCUGUUGUCAUGGCUAAAGGUAGCCACUAUCUACCUGGUCUGGUAUCUAACCUCCCCCCUGCCCCACCUCAUUACACCUGCUCCUGCUCUGGAGACCAGCCGGUAACGAUCCCAGACAGCAUAAUCUCUAGGGGUGUGCAGGUUCUUCCCAGAGACACAACUUCUCUGAGCACCACGCCCUCCGAGUCGCCACGCGCCCAGGCCACCUCGCGCCUCUCCACUGCCUCCUGCCCCACACCCAAAGUUCAGUCACGGUGUGGCAGCAAAGAGAACAUCCUGAGAGCUAGUCACAGUGCAGUGGACAUCACCAAGGUGGCUCGCCGGCACCGCAUGUCUCCCUUCCCCCUCACCUCCAUGGAUAAGGCCUUCAUCACUGUACUGGAGAUGACCCCUGUGCUCGGCACCGAGAUCAUCAACUACAGAGAUGGGAUGGGUCGAGUCUUAGCUCAGGACGUCUAUGCCAAAGACAACCUGCCUCCGUUCCCUGCAUCAGUCAAAGAUGGUUACGCCGUGCGAGCGGCCGACGGUCCUGGAGAUCGCUUCAUCAUUGGGGAGUCACAGGCAGGACAGCAGCCGACCCACACAGUGAUGCCGGGCCAGGUGAUGAGGGUGACAACGGGGGCUCCUGUCCCCUGUGGGGCGGAUGCUGUAGUGCAGGUGGAGGACACAGAGCUGCUUCGAGAGUCUGACGACGGCACAGAAGAGCUGGAGGUGCGGAUCUUGGUACAGGCACGCCCUGGACAGGACAUCAGGCCUAUAGGUCAUGAUAUAAAGCGUGGGGAGUGUGUCCUGUCCAAGGGUACCCACAUGGGCCCUUCUGAGAUUGGCCUGCUGGCCACCGUAGGAGUCACUGAGGUGGAGGUGCAGAAGUUCCCAGUGGUGGCUGUCAUGUCAACUGGCAACGAGCUGUUGAACCCAGAGGAUGACCUGCACCCAGGGAAGAUCAGGGACAGUAACAGAUCUACACUGCUGGCCACCAUUCAGGAACAUGGCUACCCUACCAUCAACUUGGGCAUCGUCGGAGACAACCCAGAUGACCUCCUUAAUGCCCUGAACGAGGGGAUCAGCCGUGCUGACGUCAUCAUCACCUCAGGAGGUGUGUCCAUGGGAGAGAAGGACUAUCUGAAGCAGGUGCUUGACAUUGACCUCCACGCCCAGAUCCAUUUUGGACGCGUCUUUAUGAAGCCAGGUCUCCCCACCACGUUCGCCACUGUGGACAUUGACGGGGCACGGAAACUGAUAUUUGCCCUACCAGGUAAUUUCACCUUCAGAGAUACAGGCGCCAUUUUCAUCGACCAUGUCCCCGACAGUGAGGCAAGCAGGGUGCCUGUGCCACCGCGCGGAAGUAACCCAGUGUCUGCGGUCGUCACCUGUAACCUCUUCGUCAUCCCUGCUCUAAGGAAGAUGCAGGGGAUCCUGGACCCUCGGCCCACCAUCAUCAAAGCCAGGCUUUCCUGUGAUGUAAAGUUGGACCCUCGUCCAGAGUACCACCGCUGCAUCCUGACAUGGCACCACCAGGAGCCUCUGCCAUGGGCACAGAGCACAGGAAAUCAGAUGAGUAGUCGACUGAUGAGCAUGAGGAGUGCCAACGGGCUGCUGAUGUUGCCUCCUAAAACAGAGCAAUACGUGGAGCUGCAUAAAGGAGAGGUUGUGGACGUGAUGGUCAUAGGACGACUAUGAUGAUGUCAUCUUACGGGGACAGAUAGAUAGACAGGGAGAGAAAGUGGUGCAUGUCCACAUAUCAUAACUAUUCUGUAAUAUGCAAUGGCACAGCUAGUUUUUGUUGAUUUGAAGUUCAUCAAGUAUAAUUAACCAACAUCUCGAACACAAAGUAAAUGAAGUACAUACAUUGAUCAUGAAAUCUGAAUUUGAAAAGAUCAUUGAAUUUCAAAGAAAGACAAUGUUAUACCUUUUAAAAGUGAAAAAAAUAAGAGAUUUAUUCUGUAUUAUAUUAUUAUUAUUAUUCAUAUUAUAUUGUCAUAUUAAGCAACUCUGUUUCUCUUUCAUCCUUGCAAUUGCUUUGUGUGUUCAACCCUAGACCUUAUAGAUAGAUAGCAGUAGCAUUUCAAUAACAAGCUGUAGGUGCUCCAAAAAAAUACAAAUAAAUUACUAUUUUCUUAUCUCACAAAAAAAUGAUAGUAAAUACAUAUCUUCUUUUUGAACAACGGAAACCCUUUUGAGAUAAUGUCAGAAGUCCCUCUUGGGGAACGUCCUGAUUCUCCACCCUUCUCCUGAAGUGUACACUUGCACACUCCCCGUCAUUUUUAAAGGCAUUGGAUUGGUGAAGGUAGGCAUUGACUGGAGGGAGUUUCCACCAUGACUAGAUCCAUGCAGGAAUAGAGUGAAGAAUCAGGAUGUAGCCUUGGUGUGCUCUGUCUUAUUAGGAGUGUUUUCAGGGUCCUGAGGGUGCCUUUAGCUAUCUUUCCCCUCCCUUUAGUAUUCUUCUUCUCUUCUAUGCCUCAUUAUAUGGGCUUUAUAAUGCCUCAUAAUGGCUUCACACACAGCUUUGCUUGUUGUUUUUCUUGUGAGUUGUGUUUGUGUGCAGUUGCCAAAAGUGGUGGGUAUCUUGGGCCAAAAGUUAUAGGGUCAUCAUGAUGAGACCUGGGCCUGUAUUCAUAAAGUGGCUCGGAGUAGUGAUCUAGGACCAGGUCCCCCCGUCUAUAUAAUCUUAUUCAUUAUGAUAAACUGAUCCUAGAUCAGCACUCCUACUCCUUUAUGAUUACAGGCCUUGAAGGUGGAGAAAGGCAGCGAGUGGCCUGCCAGUGCCCCCUAGGCUGACUGUUUCCCCUAGCUGCCCCCCAGGCCCACUACUGUAGCUUCCCCUCCAGGCCCACAAGCUGCCCCCCAGGCACCCUAGCUGCCCCCUAGCUACCCCCCAGGCCCACUAACUUCCUUCCAGGCUGAUUGUUCCCCCUAGCUGCCCCCCAGGCCCACUAGCUAAUCCCCAGGCCCACUAAAUUCCUUCCAGGCUGAUCGUUCCCCCUAGGCCCACUAACUUCGUACCCCCCAGGCCCACUAACUUCCUUCCAGGCUGAUCGUUCCCCCUAGCUGCCCCACAGGCCCACUAGCUUCUUCAUAGUCUGACCUGGUCCUGAAGUCCCACCCAGAGACGUGUAUUCUUCCACAUAUCUAAAUAUAUGCCUCUGGUCCCACCCUGUCCCCUGACCUUCUACUUUACCAACACGGCCUGUCUCCCUCCCACCCUCACCCCUCCAGGACUGCUCACCUCACACAUACUAGUACAGAUAUGUGAGGGAACUGGAGGAGGGAGGAAACUUAGUAUUUUAUUUGUUUAAUUUCAGAAGGAAGAAACAGCUUAUUUAAAGUGCUGACUGCCUUUUUAACAACUAUUCAAACAAUGUACAGAAAAAUACAUGAAUACAAAAGAGUGAUAUUGUACAGAUUAUUGUGACCAGCAAUCCUGACUAAAUUAAUGAAGCAAUGGGGAGAUAUUGAACUGUACUAUUAACGUUUUCUGUAAUAUUGAUGAAACUAAUGAAAAAUUAAACAUCCUUGAUCAUUAUGUAAAACAA